ACGAAACACCGACACCUGCGAAUGAGAAGCUAUAAAAUAAACGUCAAAAAAGUUUUGACAGCCGGAGUAAUAAAUGGGUGAAGAUCAAAAACAAAUAGUCCAAUGCCUUCUCCAUCUCCAGAGUGCACAACUAAAAUUUAUACGUACCAAAGCCUUUGUCAACGAUAUAGUGGCAAUAAAUCGCCAGAUCUUCAGCUCACUGUGCAUGAAUAUGGCAAAGAUUCUAUUGAGUUAGAACUGACCAAUUUACAAUAUGCCUUACAGAGAUAUCAAAAAAUUAAACAUAUAUGUAUUAAUAUUAUUAUUUAUAUUGUUUAUAUCAUAAUGGUAUCCAAAAACGUGACACUCCUAAAAGGGCACAUGUUGUGUGAUCUCAGUUGCCUCUUGUGGUUACUAUAUCGGAUAUUCAACUUAAUGUCAUUAAUUCACACUGAAAAAGUCAUUAUUUGCUUGGAUCUUGCACUUCAAUGCCAUACGGUACGAUUUUUAAGGCGAACCUCAAAUUUAUUCAUUCCAGCGAGCAAUAUUUAUGAUAUAGUAAUAAAUGAAGUUAUCGAAGAUCUUGAUGUGCAUUACAUACUGAUAAUUCGAACAAAGGGCAGUCUUUUUCAAAAGAAGCCCAUUAUUACACUUUUUAAUUCUUUGCAGCCUUCCUUCGAAUGUUUGCAGAUGACAUACAGAUGCCUCAAUGGAAUUUUUCGCAAAUCAAAUGGGAUUAGAUAG